AUGGCCCCUGCAUCCGAAGACACGCUGGUCAAGCAUUCCACGGAGGCGGCAACUGAAUUUGUGAAUUCUUUUUAUCCUGCCCUCCAGUCCAAUCGCGCCACCAUUUCCUCAUUCUACAGCCAACAAGCGUCGACCAUCCUUUUCAACGGAAACGUUGUCGCCGAUGGCGCCGCCGUCCAGGAGAUUUUCGUCAACCAGAUGACUCCCACCCACUACGAAGUGCAGUCAUUCGACUGCCAAAUCAUCAAUCGCACCUACCCCACACCUACCGCCACGGGCUUCAAGCUCCCCACAGAGACCACUAUCAAGGACAUGUCCAUCCUCGUGAUCGUCAGCGGCUUUGUCCGCUUCGGCGAGUCCAGGGAUCUACCGCAGCGCGGAUUCAGCGAGACCUUCGUGCUAGUCCCGAAUCCCACUGCCGAUGGACCGAAGGGAAAGCGCAGGCGUGAAUGGCUCAUUCAGACUCAGAACUUCCGGCUGGUGGUUUAG